CAACAGCUCAUAAAACAAUCUAAACACCCCCAUUUAUCAGAUCUCUACAUCUCAGCAAUUCAAGUGUAGAUUAAAUUUUAUAAAUAACCCAAAUCGCUACUUCUCGAAUAUGCUUAAAUUAUAAAAUAGAAAAGGAGAACAAGGGGAAACUACCAGAAGAUCAAAAUUCCGAAUUGCCAAACCAUACAAAGGAGAAUAAAUUUUUCCUUUUCUUGCUUUCGACCAAUCAAAAUUGUUACAGAAAAAAAGGAAUCUUGAAAUUGUUACAGAAGAAGUCAUAUUCUUGUGCGGGCUCUUGGACUGCUUUGCAGGGAGAAGCGGAAGAAGACAAGUAGAAACCACAAGCUUAUCAUGGAUAAAGGAUGGAUGUGUGAACCAAAGUUCUCUAAAAGAUAUGUUGAAGGUGUCAAAUCUUUUAUGAAAUUUGUUCAGUCUCGCUUUGAUCGAAACACUAAAGUUCGAUGUCCAUGCCAAGACUGUUUAAAUAUAAAUUUCCAAACACAAGAAGUAGUGUAUGACGACUUGUUGAUGAAAGGAAUUAUGAAAGAUUAUGUGCAAUGGAUAUACCAUGGGGAACAACCACAAAAGAGAGAUAACGGUGAAGUGAUUUACGAGGAAGAUGAAAAUGAAGAGCAUGACAAUGAUGAUGGAAUUCAAACUAUGUUAGAAGAAGCCAGUGGAAGAUCGUUUGCCAAUUUUUCAGAGGAGAAAACAACUGGUGAUAAUGUAUUUGGUAAUAUGAGUGAGAAGGAAGCUAAAAAGUUUGAUACAUUACUGGAAGAAGCUGAGCGUGAAUUAUACCCGGGAUGUAAGAAAUUUUCGAAGCUUUUGUUUCUUGUGAAGUUGCUACACUUGAAAGUGUACAAUCAAUGGAGUAAUAAAUCGUUUACCAUGUUGUUGGAGUUACUAAAAGAGGCACUUCCUAAUGGUGAGACACUUCCUAAGUCGUAUUAUGAUGCUAAAAGCAUGCUGCAAGGUUUGGGAUUAGGAUACAUUUCGAUCCAUGCUUGCAAAAAUGAUUGUGUGUUGUACUGGGCUGAACAUAAAGAUAGACAAAAGUGUCCACAUUGCGGCACUUCAAGGUGGAAAAUUGAUAAUGGAAGGGAUAAAAAGAUUCCUCAUAAAGUUUUGCGGUAUUUUCCGUUAAAGCCGAGACUUCAAAGGUUAUUUAUGUCUAAAAAAACAAGCGAGGACAUGAGGUGGCAUAAAGAAAAACAUCUUGAUGAGGCGAAUGUGUUAAGGCAUCCCGCUGAUUCUGAAGCAUGGAAAGAGUUUGACAUGAAUCAUCAGUGGUUUGCACAAGAACCUCGUAAUAUUAGACUCGGUCUAGCAACUGAUGGUUUUAAUCCAUUCGGUAACAUGAGCACAUCGUAUAGUAUGUGGCCUGUCAUUCUCGCUCCUUAUAAUCUUCCUCCUUGGAAAUGUUUUAAGGACCCAUUUAUGAUAAUGUCAUUACUUAUUCCUGGUCCUCAAGCACCAGGAAAGGAUAUUGAUGUGUAUUUGCGUCCCUUGAUUGAUGAAUUGAAAGAGUUAUGGAAUGAUGGUGUAGAGACUUUUGAUGCAUCAACCGGAGAGUGCUUCAAGAUGCAUGCCGCUGUUUUAUGGACCAUAAAUGACUUUCCUGCCUAUGGUAAUUUAUCUGGAUGGAGUACUAAGGGAUACAUGGCAUGUCCUACUUGCAAUAAGGAUGCACCUUCACGAAAGAUAAGAAGUAAAAUUUGUUAUAUGGGUCACCGUCGGUAUCUUGAACCUAGUCACUCUUGGAGAAGAAGCAGGAAAUUUGAUGGGAAGAAAGAAGAAAGAUUGAAACCAAAAGAGCUCUCAGGAGAUGAUAUCUUACAACAAUUGGAUUUACUCAGUACUUAUAGACCAGGAAAACAGUCAAAUAGUAAGAAAAAUAAACGUCUUCCUGAAGAAUUGAAUUGGGUGAGGAGAAGUAUUUUAUUUGAGUUACCAUACUGGAAGAGCUUGAAGUUACGGCAUAAUUUAGAUGUCAUGCACAUAGAAAAGAACAUUUGUGAGAGUAUUUUGGGGACAUUAUUGGAUAUUGACGGGAAAACUAAGGACACAGAUAAAGCAAGAAAAGAUCUGAAGGAUAUGAACAUAAGAAAAGAACUAUGGUUGAAGCAAGAUGGUUCUAAUUAUACAAUGCCAGCUGCUUGUUAUAAUAUGACAAAAAAAGAGAAAAAAGAGUUUUGGGCAUUUUUAAAAUCUGUUAAAUUUCCUGAUGGUUAUGCUUCAAAUAUCUCAGGGUGUGUAAGUGUGGAUGAUGGUAAGAUAAAUAGACUCAAGAGUCACGACUAUCAUGUUUUGUUACAACGACUGCUGCCUAUUGCUCUCCGUGGAUUUGUAAAUAAAAAUGUCUCUUCAGCAGUAAUUGAGUUAGGCCAGUUCUUCCAACGAUUAUGUUGUAAGACAUUGAGAAGAGGUGACUUAGAACAACUUGAAAGGGAUAUAAUUAUUAUAUUAUGUAAGCUUGAGAUGAUCUUUCCACCUGCUUUUUUUGAUGUUAUGGUACAUUUGGCUGUGCAUUUACCGCGAGAGGCUAUGUAUGGGGGUCCUGUACAAUAUCGUUGGAUGUACAAAAUUGAGAGGUUUUUGUGCAAGCUUAAGCGUUAUGUGCGAAACAAGGCACGACCAGAAGGUUCUAUUGCAGAAGGCUAUAUUAUUGAUGAAUGUUUGACGUUUUGCUCUAUGUAUCUUACUGGACAUAUUUUCAAAGAGUGUUAG